UCAACCUAGUAAAUAUAUAGAGAAGAAGAAGUACGCAUUGCCUUCGAAAGCUUGUCUGCGGCCAUCCUUACCAGAGAGCUGCUCCAAUACAAGGCAUCGCCCACAAAAAUACUUGCCGAAUCGAUGGAUCGCUUCCGGCUGAGCUGCAGACUCAUGGAAAACCUUAUCUAGAACCGAUACAGCAGCAGACGUCCUAUCCAUCACCCUCUGCUUCCUUAAAAAGCCAUUUUUAAUACAUUUAUCUUGCCCUUUUGGGGUUCUUUUAGCAUCCUGGAGGGUAUAUUUCAAUCACUGGGGGUUGCAAAUAUACCUAUAUAUCUAUAUCUAUAUCUAAUCUAAUGGGUUGAGAUUCCAAAAUGUGAACUAUAUCUAUAUCUAUUGCUAUCUAGAUAUCGAUAGAUAGAUAGCUAGAUAGAUAGAUAGAUAGAUUUUUUUCUUUAAGUACAUACACAUUUAAUCAUCAAGGAUCUUCUUUCUUUUUUAGAUAAAAGAUUUCAAAGGGAAAGUUUUUGAAAGAGCCCAAAACUUCUCUUUUUUUUCAGUGCUUUCUAAUUUCAUCCCCGCUCUUUUUGUUUUUCCCGUUGCAAAGUUUAUAACCUGGCCAGGGGAGGGGGGAUAGAAAGGCUGAUUCAAACUGGUACCUAACCCUGAAUGAAUGCAGAUUUUUGGGGGUUAAAACUAAUGGAAGGCAAAAAUCACAAUUCAUUUCUUUAAAAAAAAAAAUCUGCAAAAAAGGCCUAAGUGGUUUAGACACCCCAGCUGCUCCCACUUAAACACCCACUUUAGACACCCCCACUUAAAAAGCCUCUUUUUGUUUUCCACGCAAUUUUAAACACUAGGGGUUUGGAAGUAGAUUCAGGUUUUGCUUUAUAAAAGGGGCCUUAAAGGACCUGUUCCCAUCAUGAGAACGAGGCGGCGAUAGCCGAUAGCCAAGCAUCAGAUCAAACAGAACAGGUUAAGGUGUUUUUUCAUGAGAGAGCAAGGCAUUUUAUGACGGGGAGACCUGUCAUCCCGUGUUUAAACCCACCACAAACCCAUCCACUUUGAAGUGAAAUAAAAAACGGGGGUGAACGACUUCCGGGCGCUGGAAUCGCACCAGGGCAGCUCUUUGCUGGUCCCAAGGACCGGGCCGGUCCCCUUAGGGAGCGAUCUGCAAAUAGCAUCGUGCCAGUAUGUCCAGAUUGGAAAAGGUUACAUCCGGAUCUCGGGAGAGGGAGGUCAAAAAGACGUGAUUUUUCUUUUUAAGGAAGGAAAUAGAGGAUGGGGAGAAAUAUUUCUCUUCUCUGCCUGGGAUCCAUAUCAUAACAGAACCGACCAAACGCUUUUUGCUAAAAAGGGGAGAUCGUCGCCAGAGUAAGAACGCGCGGCCUUCGAAAGCUUGUCUCAGUCCAUCCUUACCAGACAGCUGGUCCAGUAAAAGACAUCGCCCCCCAAAAAUACUUGCUGAAUUGAAGGAUCGUUGCGCUGCUCGGCAAUAAAAGACAUGGCCAAAAAAAUACUUGCCGAAUUGAUGGAUCACGGCACUGGGCUGCAAACUCGGGGAAAACCUUAUCUAGAAUUGAUGCAGCAACAAACCUCGUAUCCAUCCACGCUCUGCUUCCUCAAAAAGCCAUUUUUAAUACAUUUAUCUUGCCCUUUUGGGGUCCUUUUAAAGACCUUUCAGCAGCCCGGCGGAUAUAUUUCAAUCUGUAGGGCUCACAGACAGUAUUGCAGAUUAUUUUCUGUUAAUAGUACCAUGGGUCUAGGAGAGAGAAAGACGCAUGAAUGCAGUUUUGAAGGGAGAUGGAGCUAAAAAAACCCUGCAACCCCCCUCGGUUUCUCUUCUCUGCUUGCUGCAACCAGGCAGCUGGCUGGCGCACCUCAUCCAAGGGCUUUAGGCUCAGGUGGACCUGUGGGUCCCCUCACCCGCUGUCCCGGAUUUAGCAGGAUUAGAAGAACCGUCAUUUGACCGGAAUUUGUCAAACCCUCGUUAACACCCCAACGCACCCCCUAAGGGAGGCUUAUGUCCUCCAGACACCCCCACCCCUUCCACAAGCAGCUCAGGUCUUUGGGAACCAAAGAGGCAGUGGGGUGUCUAAACCACUUGGGCCUCGUUGCAGAUUCAUCCCUUGAUAUUUUGCCGGCUAGAGGCAGGUUCUGACUCCUUCCUGGACAUAGGUGUCUCUCCCUUUCGGGGAGACCCUACUGGCGUCUCUCUCUUUUGGGGAGACCCAAGGGUCUCUAUCUUUCGGGAAGACCCUGCUGAUGUCUCUCUAUUUUGGGCAGACCCUACUGAUGUCUCUUUUGGGGAGACCCAAGGGUCUCUAUCUUUUGGGGAGACCCUUUUGGUGUCUCUCUUUUGGGCAGAGCCUUCCGGGGUCUCUCUCUUUCGGGGAGACCCUUCUGGAUCUCCAUCCUCUGCAGAUUUGGGGGCUCCCAGAGCUUUCUCCUCAGCCCUGUUUGAAGGCCCGUCUCCCAGCCCCUUCCAGAGCAGGGGGAUGCCGGCGCCAAUGACCUGCAAAGUGUCUGUCUGCCAUUCAUUUCCCCUCCUUUGCUUAUCUGCCAUGAGAGGAGCCGGGUCGGGGAGCUAAUGAGCAUCACCCUUUGCAAAUUGGCACAGGAAGCCUUUUGAACGACACUCCCUUGUUUUGCAAACCCCCCUGUUGGUUUUUGGUGGAGAGAAGAGAAAGCAAGACCCCCCCCCCCAACCCCCCAGGUCUCUGAAGCAGCCCAGAGACAGCCUCCAACAGAGCGGGCGGAGGGGGAAGGACAGAAGCCGUGGGAGGGGAAACCCAAGCCCCUUCCCGCCCAGGGUCAUACUAAACACCCAGAAGCAAGAUAAGGUGACAAUGCUCAAGGCCAAAAGCCAGGGUCAAAGAGGUCGAGAGAAUAAUAAUAAAAGCACCAGAAAACCCAAAUGUAACGGCAAUAAAAGAGAUCAUCUCCCCCCCAUCCCGGCUGGUCUGGCUGCUACGUUUGUGCAGCUCCGUGCGCGGGUGGGUGCACUUGCAAGAGGCUUUGGAGAGCGCUCAAGGGCGUUUCUCCCUCUGACCCGUCCAGCUCGGAUCUGCCACGUCCAGCCGCCCGUGCCAAAGCAACCCACCCGACCUGAAUGGGUCUGUGCCCAAAUCCCCUGGUCCUGCUGGCUGGGAUCUUCCCGCACAGCUUUGAUGGGCAGCCCAACCUGGCAGCUCCCUGUGCUGCGUUUUGCCUUCAAUCCCCAGCUCCUGGAGUCCCGUGAAAACCCAGCUUUGAUUCGACCCAUCUCCUAGCUCACCAACGAGGCACCCCAGCUCGAAACCCAGCCCGUUUUCCCAGCUAAGGGGAAUUGCCCUUUAUUGUCAGGUUGGAUUCGCCGUUGCCUCCCGGCGACUGGACCGGUCUCGGUCGCAUCUAUUAUGAUUUUGUUUCCCCUCGGGUGCAAUCCAGAGAUUCCCGGACCCGAGCCCCGUCACGCUUGGAGCUGUACGAACUCUAAUCAGCCCUUUCCUGGGCUCCCUUCGCCCCAUAGACAUGGGGUUUGGGUUUCAAAUCCGGAAUUGGGGGACUUGUAACCAACCCUUUACUGCUAGGCAUCACUGCCCUUCGUUUGCUAGGCAGGGUUUGGGCAGAGUCAGGCCUGGAAAUGCAGCCCGUGGAAAGGCAUAUACCCGCUACUUAUUUAUGAGCUCGUUAAAACCCUGGUAAUUAACCCAAGCAAGUCCUAAGGCUGGUACGAGGGACCUGGGCCUGGGAAGGGAGUGCAAGGACUAGGGUGAAAGGAUGAAACACUCGUGCCCCACUUUCACGGGGUCGCUGCGCACGGCAGCCAGGGGAGAAGGAAUUAGGAUUCUGCCUAUGCAGCACGGCGCCAAUUAGACCCGUCCUGAGCAGAGGACGCAGCUCAUCCGUGGGAGGACGCCCAAGGUUGUUGCCCUGGAAGGGGGGGGCAGGAUGGACACAGAGGGUCUCCCCACGGGAGCCCCUCUGCUCUCGUUAGCUGGGAGCCCUGCGUUAUACCAGACCCUAGAGACCCUGGUUGGGAUCAGGGCCCGGCGUGCUAGGUGCUGGACAGACUUCCAGCAAACAGCCCCCCCCGCAGAGACAGGGACAUGCCCAGGGUUGCAGGGUUGCAGUGGCAGAGACCCCAGACUCCACUGGGCACCCUCAUAGGGGCCUGGCAGCCCUGGGUUCGAGACGGGCACGGAGGGGUGGGGCGCGGACAGCUGAGCUGGGUGAAAUCUGGGCAUCUACCCCCGCCCAGAGCCCGGCCUGCGUGUUUGAUGCUCCCGGCAAGACCCUCCCGUCUCUCGGCUAGCCCCGUCCCGGGGAGGACAGCUCCGCGCAGCCCACCCGAGAUCUCCCCUGACCUAUUUGCGGCCCUGCCAGGCGACUUCAAGGGCUGCGGUGAAGCCGGCCUGGGACUCUGAGCCGCCCGGGGUCACCUAGCACCGGCCCCCACCCCCCGAGCAUGAUGUCUUACAUCAAGCAGCCCCAUUACACCGUCAACGGGUUGACCCUGGCUGGGCCAGGCAUGGAUCUACUCCAUUCUGCCGUCGGAUACCCAACCACCCCUCGGAAACAGCGCCGGGAGAGAACCACCUUCACGCGGGCGCAGCUGGACAUCCUGGAGGCGCUGUUCGCCAAGACCCGCUACCCCGACAUCUUCAUGCGCGAGGAGGUGGCGCUGAAGAUCAACCUGCCCGAGUCCCGGGUGCAGGUCUGGUUCAAAAACCGUCGGGCUAAAUGCCGCCAGCAGCAGCAGCAAAGCACGGGGCAGGCCAAAGCGCGGCCGGCCAAGAAGAAGAGCUCCCCGGCCCGCGAGCCCAGUGCGGAGCCCAGUGCCGCGGGGCCCUACAGCCCGGCGGGGCCCGGGCCGGCCGGCACGCCCAGCUCGGCGCCGGGAGCCACCGUGUCCAUCUGGAGCCCGGCGUCCAUCUCGCCCAUCCCGGACCCGCUGGCGUCGUCGGCCGCCCCGUGCCUGCCGCGCUCGGCGCCCUACGCCAUGACCUACAGCCAGGCGCCCGGCUACGGCCAGAGCUACGCCGGCUCCGGCUCCUACUUCAGCGGCCUGGACUGCAGCUCCUACCUGUCCCCCAUGCACCCGCCGCUGGGCGCCCCCGGCGCGGCGCUCAGCCCCAUCGCCGCGCCCAGCAUGGGCAACCACCUCAGCCAGUCGCCGGCCUCGCUGUCCAGCCAGGGCUACGGCGCGGCCGGCCUGGGCUUCGGCCCCGUCGAUUGCCUCGACUACAAGGACCAGACGGGCUCGUGGAAGCUCAAUUUCAACGCCACGGACUGCUUGGAUUAUAAAGACCAAAGCUCCUGGAAGUUCCAGGUCUUGUGAAGCCGGGGUGGGGGCGACACCCCAUCUCUACCCCCCGCCCCCUCGGCCCCGCUCCGUGCGAGGCGUGCGAGCACGGGGCUUGGUGUGAGCCCCCCCCCCCCCC